ACUAUAAAGUUUCUCAUGGUUUUCAGAUUGGAGUAAUGGAUAUAUUAAAUUCUAAGAUUUUAAAUAUAGAUGGACGUUUGUAUAUAAGUUACCUUGAAGAGGAAGAUUUUGUAAUAGAUGAACCUAAUGAAGAACAAUUAUACGAGGAGGAAACAACUGAAGAUGAAACCCUCAACUAUGAAAAAACCAGCACUGGUUUCAAGGGAAGUAUUUCGUGUCCAAGUGCAUUAUAUAAAUAUGUUAUAGGCAGUCGUGGUGCAACAAAGCAAAAGAUUGAAUAUGAAACACAUUCAAAAGUCAUAAUCCCACAGCGUGGGCAAAGUGGUGACAUACUUGUGAAAGCAAAGUCAACAAAAGAUGUUGAAGCAGCCAUUACCAGGAUAGAACUUCUGAUUUCAGAAAAACGUUGGAAAGAACCAUUUGCACAUUUUGUCACAAUUCCUCUUAAUGAUGAUGUUCUUAAAGAAGGAUUAAAUAAGUUUAAAACUGAAGUGUUAAAAAAAUUUUCAGGCGAUGAAGGAGUAACGGAUAAAUUAUUUCCUACUUAUGGCAAAUUACAUUUGACGAUAACGACAUUAAUUCUUCUUGAUGAAUCCGAGUGCGAAAGGGCAGUUAAUGUUCUUCAAGAAAUCAAAACUAGUAAGAUUCUAAUAAACUGUGAUAGAAAAAGAAUUUGUGUGCAAGGUAUAGAAUAUAUGAAUGAUGAUCCACAAGCAAUAGAUGUUCUAUAUGCGAAAGUAUCAUGCCCCGAUGAUCCUAAUUUCUUGCAAGAAUUAGCAGAUCACAUUGUAUCAGAAUUUGAUAGUGCAGGACUUGCGAGAAAAGAACGGGGCCAUGUGAAAUUACAUGCUACUGUAAUGAAUACUUUGCGAACAAUAGACCGCCCGGACCCCAACCAAAAGAAUUUGAGGAACACGAACCAAAAAAGGAAAACCUUUGAUGGGAAGAAUAUCCUGAAGGAAUUUGAAGACUAUUACUUCGGAGAGUUCGAUCUGAGGGAAAUACAUAUUUCUAAAAGACACACUGUUGGUAAAGAUGGAUAUUAUGAAAGUCUUGAUAUUGUAGCAAUAUAAUGUUUAUGCAUACAAUCUUUUAAAAUAUUUCAUUGAUAGAAGACAAAAGUGUUCUGAAGUAUACUUAAUAACCGGCAACUACAUUUCAACAAGCUCAAGCUUUCUUUUCUAAUUAGGGAAUAGGUAAUUAUUACUUUGCAUACCAAACUGGGA